AGGAUUGUACAGACAAUGGUUGGGAAAUUCUAGUAAUGUUCAAGAUAUGCCUAUACUAUAGGCCAUACUUGUUCUUUCUCACUUCAUGAUUGUCUGUGGUCUGGACGGAGCAUCUACCUAUGUGAAACUAUUUAUCUUUCCAUAAUGGAUGUUGGACCUGUCAUAUAUGGUCUUGAAGACUUCCAGGCCAGAGCACUGGCUGCACAAGUUGCUGAAACUGAGAAGAUCAAUUUUCUUGUGGGCACUCAGUCCCUGCACAAUACCAAUCAAGUGCAACUUAUUGAGUAUGAUGAUGAUGACAAUGGAAUAGUUACAAAAAAAAGCUACACUCAUCCUGUUGGAGAAGUCUGGAAAAUUGCCAGUGCCCCCCAGACUGCCUGUCUCUUGGCAACAGUACAUAACUCGGCUGACAAACCCUUGACUGAUGCAUCUUGUUCAAUUUGGCGCUUGCCGAAAGGUGCCAGCAGUGAAGAACAGGACGAGUCUCAUGAAGAGUUGGAACUCGUUGCAAAUUUGUCUGAAAAUACUAGUUCACAGGAUGAUUCUAUGUUUCAUGGAGUAAAAUGGGUUGGUUGGAGCUGUGACAGUGAUAGCAAAAUUGCAACAUUAACAUCAAAAAACCUAAUACUCUGGAAUGUGCAAGAAGAUGGCUCUGCUGCUGUUGUGUCUUCCAACACUGUGGAUAAUUUUCUAGCAUCUGACCCAGGAAGAAGCAGCAGCAACAGCUUGGGAGUGGGCCGCUGGUAUCCUCAUCAGCAGGCUGUACAAGUUGCAGCUACUCUAGGGUCAUCGGUAGUUGCUUGGGAUACGCGAACUAUGACGAAUGCAUGGAGUAUUGAAAACGCUCAUACUCACACCUGUAGAGAUUUGGACUUCAAUCCAAAUUUACAAUACAAUUUAGCUACAUGUGGCGAUGACUGCACAAGCAAGUUUUGGGACAUUCGCAAAACCACUGCACCGUUGCUGGUGCUUGGUCACCACACUCAUUGGGUGUGGAGUGUUCGUUAUAAUGCUUCAUAUGACCAGCUGGUCUUGACUUGCUCUAGUGAUCAGAGGGUGGCGCUGGCUAACUUGCCUUCUGUAGCUGCUAUGCCUUUUGGUGAUAUGCAGUCAGAAGAAGUGAACGGCAGUAACCCUGACAGCAACAUACCUGAGGGAGUUAUUCAAACCUAUGAAGAACAUGAAGACUCGGUUUAUGCGGUUGAGUGGUCGGCUGGAGACUUUUGGACAUUUGCGUCUCUAAGUUAUGAUGGCAGAUUGGUUAUCAAUCGCGUGCCCAGAGCUGUCAAGUACAAGCAGUUCCUGUAGUUUUGAAAUUUGAUUUGAAGCGUCUUGAUUUUUUUUAGUUAUGAUUUACUUUAAAGAUCCCACUUGUCUUGUUAAUUGCUUUAAAUGUUAUGGAAAUUUUAAAGAAAUGGAUUUCUGAAAAUAUUGUACCAUAUACAUAUUUCUGUAGGCGAUUGCGGUAGGGUUAUUUAAUUUCAUGAGAAGUAAAUAUUAUUUUAAAAAGUUGGCAGUUGAAAUCGUCUCUAUAAUACAGUUGUUGAUCUAGCAAUUUGGAAAUGUCUUCACUUGGUAUUCUUGUAAAAUUUCAGCCAUGGGUCGAAAAAUUAUCUGAAGCAAUAUUUUGUACAUUUAAGAUAAAAUAUUGGUUUAGAACAAAUGGGCCUUCGUUGUGUAGGUACGGUAUGUACCCGGUAGUCACCCCGCUUGAUCCUGCUACCUGACCAUCAGUUGGACGCUUUAGAGACGUCAAUAUAUUGUCAAAUAAAUAUUUCAGUACAAAGCUCGAUGAUAAUGUAGCUAUAACCCACACCUCUAUAAUUUUUGUUUGAUAAAUCCAUUUAUUUACGAUUCGUAACGGAUUGAUAUUGGUACCUACUAUUUAGAAAUUUGUGUUUACUGAUGUUAGAAUUUUGUUACAAGCUGAAAAAAAUUGUCUUUCAGCAUAACUCUUUAUCACAGGAUCUCAUAUUAUUGUCCUGCAUUACCUUACUUGCAUUACCUUACUCUCUGGAACUUGAAAAAAACGGUUCCAAUUGUUUUGAAAUGUGUUGAAACUUGAAAGCAACCUAUAUUGUCUGAUUCAAAAACCCUUAGAAAGGAAAUUAUCUCUGAUUGUACGUCUGGCAUUGAGCGAGAGUAUAUAAAGGAAUUAUGCUGAUGUCGUAUCUCUGGAAAAAAGCUGAUGGAACAUUUACAAGAAUUAGAGCCUUGUAUUGCUAUGAAUCGUUUUCAUGAGAAUUGUAUUGUUAUGAAUCGUUUAUGAAAGUUUACAUAAAUAUGUUGUUAUUUUCUAGAAUGAAAUGCAGAAGAACCAAACCUCUGUAAUUGGUUAGGCUUAUUUGAUUUUGCUUAAGAUUUCUUUUACCA